AUUAAUUCGCCAAUAACCUGAAAAAAAGGUUUGAUAACGUUAAUAAUGGUUGUCAAGCGCGUCGGGAAUGAUAUGCGUGCUUCCCGGAUCGGGAGACGGCUGAAAUGAGCUCCCCUUUGCUCCCAGACGCGUAUCAAUUUUAUCAAAGUUAUCGGGCAGGAGGGAUACGUCGGUGGUGCCUGGUACGGCGCACGACCCGCCAGGAUUAUUCACCUGCGGAAUUAACUUUCGGGGACUUAUGUACUAUCUACUACAUAAGGGGGGCGACAAUCAUAAUAAGCUCUAAUCAAUUCAAGGCCUUACAAAUAUUCAAUCAAUUAUAUGCAAAAUAGAAUUAGUAACAAGCAUUUCAAUUAUUUCGAAUUUUCGUACAUUGUCAAUAAUCUAUGCUAUUUCAAUUUUUAAUCAACAAUAAUAUUUAAGCUACCUAAGCAUUAAUCUAUUCUAAAAUUUACACACUAAAUAUUAAUCUAUCCUAAAAUUAAGAAACAUAAUCCUAUUUUAUUUACUAAUAAUCAACACAAACACACUCCAAUUAUUAUAAUAUUGUAUGUAAUAUCUAAUAUAAAAAUGUCAGUAGUAGCAAACACAAUACACACUAAUUACAUAAACAAAACAAAAUAUCCAGUCAAGCAUUACCUAUGGUGGUACAUGGCAGGUGGUGUCACUGAACCGUAACAAAGCACCUGCAGCCACCCCACUAUGUCCCUAUCACAAAAUUACACACACUACCUCUAGCUAGCCACACUACAGAACAUUAAAAACAAAAUUCUCACAGAAACAGUUACAAGCAGACAGUGAGCCAACCAAACGCAUAGAGACGGUUGUUUGAUCAAUACUUGAUGUCAUACAAACCAGUGCAAAGCCACAAUAAUGUGUUGCUGUUGUGUACAAGUGAUAUUUUGCAGCAAAAAUUAAAUUCAAAUCCAAAAUGUCUGAGAUGGGCUUUGAGAAUGUGUUCUAUUUAGAGAACUUUGAGUGCGCCGGCGACGAAGUUCUGGUGGAGUCGUCGCCGCCUGCCUCGCCCGACAUGGCAGCGCGACUUGCGGCUCCUACCAGGUAUCUAAGGAAGUGCUUAUCGUUUAAUUUCCUCUUUGAUUACACAACGCGUUUGCCGGUGCUGCGACACAACACUGAAACUUCAUGUUGCCUUAACCACAAGAAAUACGAGAUACCAUCAAGAUCUCUGUACCUGUCUUUCUAUUACGGCGGUGGCGCGGGCGGCGGUGCCUCGCCGAGCUCCGUGCGUGACCUCAUCGUCAUACCGGAAAUAGCCGACUCCAUGCAUUUGCAGCACGCCAUGCAACAGGUGUCGAGCACGGUGGUGGAGGUGAACGGCGACAGUUCUGGACACUCCAGCCCCACGACCGACGGCCAGCACACCUACAUCACGGUGUCUAGUGAGUUGCAAGGCGCAUGGAACCAACCGCAUUUCCUUGUCAAGAAAGAAGACCACAGUGACCAAGAAAGUGAGGGCGGCAAUGGUGUCAACUAUCACGUGCAAUAUGUCACCGAGCCGCAGGAGAUCUACACACAAGGACAUCCGCAUAUGGAUCCGCUCCGCACAUACCCUGUGUACGGAGUGACGACUGUGGCCAAUGGUACCAGUGCUGAAGGCACGUCUGCUGACAACGGCUGGGGAGGGGCCUCGUCUGCCGAGUACACUGCUUAUGGAGUUGUGGUGGCGGGCGACGAGGCGGAGGCGCCGGCGUCCCCCGCGACGCCGGGCGGCGCCCCGCAGCCGCCGCGCAUGCCGCCCGCCACCGUGCAGUGGCUGCUCGACCACUACGAGACCGCAGACGGUGUGUCGCUGCCCCGGUCAACGUUGUACGCGCACUACCUUCGCCACUGCGCCACGCAUCGCCUCGAACCAGUCAACGCGGCUUCCUUCGGCAAACUGAUCAGAUCAGUCUUCCUAGGCUUACGUACCCGGAGACUAGGUACUAGGGGAAACUCAAAGUACCACUACUAUGGGAUCAGAGCCAAACCCGGCGUGGAACAGCAACCCAUCGAGCCACAAGACGAAAUAAGUGACCAACACGAUAAUGUCGAUGACAAAACCGACGUGCUCGACCAUCAGGAGGGCAGGUCUCGCGACCGGUCCCGCGACUCGUCGAGCAGCCCGGGCCACGUGCACCGCCAGUACAUGGGCACGGUGUCCCCGCCCGACCCGCCGCCGCUCAACAUACACCCGCUGCCUGAAGACGUGUCGCCUGAUGCCUUGAAUGCGCUCAGGAGGCAUCAUAGGGAGCACGGCGCGGAGUUCCUGGAGGCGGUGGCGGCGCUGGACACGGGCGCGGUGGAGCGGGCGCGGCGCGCCUUCUGGCGGCGGCCGGCGCGCGGCCUGUGUCGCCGCGACCUGUGGCGCCUGGCCGCGCGCCGCGACGUGGCGGCCUGGCUGCGGACUGCAGAGCUGCAGCUCUACCAGCGCGCCGUCGAGCUACUGCUGCCCGACGUACUGCGCCCCAUCCCGCCGCAACUCACACAAGCCAUCCGCAACUUCGCGAAGAGCCUGGAGGCGGCGCUGGCGGCCGGCGCGGGCGGCGCUCCCUUGGCGGCCGGGCGCGCGCAGACCGCCGCCGCCGCCGCGCUCGCCGCCGCGCUGCGCCGGUACACCUCGCUCAACCAUCUCGCGCAGGCCGCGCGGGCCGUGCUCAACAACCACCACCAGAUACACCAGAUGCUAGCGGACUUGAACCGCGUGGACUUCCGCGUGGUCCGCGAGCAGGCGGCCUGGGCCUGCUCGUGUGGCAGCGCCGCCACCGCGCACAAACUGGAGGCCGACUUCAAGGCCACGCUGGGUCGCGGCGCGUCCCUGGAGCAGUGGGCGGGGUGGCUGGAGACGUGCGUGGGGUCCGCGCUGGCCCCCCACGAGCGCCGCCCCGACUACACGGCGCGCGCCCGCCGGCUGUUGCUGGACUGGUCCUUCUACUCCUCGCUCGUCAUCAGGGAGCUCACUCUCAGGUCGGCGGCGUCGUUCGGUUCGUUCCACCUGAUCCGGCUGUUGUACGACGAGUACGUGUCGUACCUCAUCGAGCGCCGCGUCGCCGCGCACCACAACGCGCCGCCCAUCGCCGUCAUGCAGCGCGCAUUCGAGCAAGAAGAAGAAGAUGUGCCCGAGGAACAGCCUCGCGCUGAGCCGGAGGACGACGAGCAGGACUGGGAGUGGGACGACGACGAGGAGGAGGAUGACGAGCCUACUGACAUCAAGAAACAGAAGAUGGCCGCCGAGUGAGCCGGGUUUACUUACGCAUUGUAUUUUACACCGGCUGUAGGUGCCUGAAAUAAACGUAAAGGAACGAGGGACAUACAAACCUAUGUUUUGUAGAUAAACCAGCAUAUUACACUACCCCUGUUUUUGCUCACUUAAUGAGAUUCUGUUUGUCCAAGCAAGUAUAGUGAUUAUACUAGUACUGAACUUAUGUGCAGUUCUUUAUAUGUAACUGAUGAGUCAUAUUUUGUUUUGUUGCUUGGAAUUUCGCCUGACAGGAUAUUAUAUUAAAUAUCGUUAAUUACGUUUGUCGUAUGUCUUGAAUGUCUUGAAUGUAAGUUCCCUGUAUGUAAAGUCCCCUGUAGAAAAUAAUUUGCAAUGCUUAACAAAUUUAGUUUAUUGUGUGUCCCUCGUUUCUUUUUUAAUGUUCAUAUAUGCAUUGAAAAAAAUAUCUUUUAAAAUUAAAUAGUAAAAUGUUUUGCAGACAAGAUUACUAUAAAAUAAGCUGUCAUCUAUUGUUGUCAUUAUGGAAAAUGUUAUUAAAACUAAAAUGUAUUUGAUCCUAAUGGCAAAUGGAACCAAGGGGCCUGAGGGCGUUGUGAAUAUUUGUAUAAAAAUAUUUUCUAGUAACAUAGUAAUUGAUCAAGGAUAUCACACCUUGCCAUAUAACCAAUCUUCGUAUAAAAAUAAGUAGCUAAAUGUUUAGCUGAAAUUCGAGAAUUGCUGGAUCAAAUCAGCAUGUAUUUCUAAAUACAUUUGAAGUUCAGCAAAUGGUUCUGAAGAUAAUAUCAGUCAAGGCAGCGUUUCGUUGAAAGUCAAAAAUUAAUGAUGAUGUAUGUAUUGUAUACCUAUUUAUUCAAAAAUACUUCGUGACCUUUCAUAUGCGGUAGAUAGCCAACUGUAUUUAAAUAUAUCUUUCUAGAUAUAAAAAUAUACGUGAUUCUAUAACGUAUUUGAGUGUCGACACUUCAAAUCUUGACAUUAAUUACAUGUUGAUGCAUUUUUUACGACAUUUGUAAUAAUUCUAUAUCCAAUCGAUCUGUUGAAUAUUUCUCGAGUAUAACAAAGACUCAAUAAACAACCGGUAUUGCCUUUAUAGUGCAAUUAAAUUUAUAUUUGUAAGAAGUUUCAUAAACCUAGUAAUAUUGUAUUAGUUACUACUGUUAUGGUAUAUCUGUUGUGGGUAAUAUGAGCCGUUUUUAACGUGGUUUCAAUCGACGUUUCUAGAAAAAACUAUUUCCACUUACACCGCGCUGUUCUAGAAGUAUCUAGAAUGAUGCAAUGAACGACAUUGGUGUAUAUAAUUACUAAAAAUAACCAGAAAGCAUGUAGCAGCUAAUUUUAUCAAUAAUUUGGUAAUUGGUACCAAUAAAUUGAUCGUGUACAUAGAGAACUUUAAAAAUACAUAAAGCCCUAGCACACGCAGUUUAAAAGUAACAUGUAUUAUAUUUUAUUCGAUGUAAAUGUUGAUAUAUCCAUUAAAUGUAGGAUACUGUCCAAGCACAAACUUAGUUUUCUAAUGCACAUGUCGUAUAUAAUUGUGUGAAAUGUAUGGAUAUUUCUUUUAGAACAAUAGUAUUCAUAUUUUAAACGUACCUACGCAUUUUGUCGUAAAAUAUUAAUCGGGAGAUCACUUAUAUCUUUUAAGCAGGCUCUUUUGAAAUGUCAGUGUUUUUGCGGGCUGGCAACAUUAUUUGUCGAUGAAUUGUGUGUAUAAUCUGUGUAAAUAAAUUGCCUAGUGUGCGGGAAAAUGAAGAAGGGGAUGUAAUAUUAAAGUUCUAUUAUAUUUUCGUAACUUUAAACUAUUUAAAGAUGUAUUUAUUCCAUAAUUUUACAGUUUUUAGAAACAUUCACAUAGAUGAAAGCUAAGUCAUCAUUUCUCUUCAUUGCGUAUUGUAAUUACACUGAGUAAUUAUUAUUAAUAUAUGUUUACUUUAAAUAUCCUUAGUUCCUCUUAUAGAAUUAUGUAAUAUACUAAACAUGUAAUUACUAUUUAAACUUAGUGGUAAGAAUUUUGGUCACCCAGAACCAAAGCUUUUACAUUGCCAGAGUAAAAAAUAUCGAGAGAAAAGCGUGUAUAUAUUUAGAGAUGUUUUAAGUUCUUAUUUAAGAAAUAUGUAAUGUUUAAUUAAGUGUACCAAAGAUGUUAUACAUGAACUUGCUCAUACAUUAAACAAGCCCACAUGAGAUGGGCUUUUUUGGAAUUUGUCAAAAUCACUUGCAUUUAUGUUUUAAAUGUCUGUGUUUAUACUUCUUUCCUAUUUAUCGAGUUCCCUUGCAAAGUAUUUAAUGUUUAUCUGACCCAUUUGCAAAAAAAUAUAAAUGUUACCUUUCUAAGGCCUAAGUCACUAAGUUUACGUUAGUGAAUGUUGUUUAAAUAUAAGUAUGUUUAAGUAGUAUACGAGAUACACUAUAUUUCGGUAUUACCAAAGUACGUUGCAAUUUCAUAGGAUAAAAUUUUCAAUCAGGAUUUUGUAGACAAUAGAUUUGUCGUGUUUGUAGUUUAAUUGUAUUUAUUACAAAUAUCAUAUAAUUAUGAGAGCUGCAUUAUAAUAAUUCUUUUGUAAAAGAUUUCCUAAGCCAGUAUAAUAAGCUCACGCCAUGUAGUCUUAUUUUAUAUCUAUAUCUAUCAAUAGAAGACAAUAUUUUACUAAAAGUUUCAAGCUUCACUUACCCGAGUAGGUAUAUUUUGUAACAUUUUAUAAAUCAAUAAAUGUUCAAUUCAGAUGUCGACUGCCUUGAAGGUUGCCUUACGAUACAUACCUCCGAUUGCUACGUUAUUUGGUAUACUUGCGCUAUAGGUUGUGUUGCACAGCAAAUAAAUAUAACGAGAUGUUGUGAUCCGUUUCGAUUUAGUGAGUAACUAUGUGGAACUGUCCAUUCGAAGUGUAACUUAGCUGAGAGGAGUAUAUUUAACGAUCGAGUGACAAUAGUACUGCGCCGGCCGGUCCCAUGUCUGUAGAAACCCCGGCCGCCACUCCAGUGCCUGAAUAUCUUAAAGUUUUAAAAGAAAUAGUUUAUUUAAAAAAGUAUAAAGUAGACAUAAACAACCAUCAAAAUGCCUUUAUCGGUUAGUAAAGUAUUUCCACAAACAUAUUUAAAGUUAUUUUAGUCGUUUAUUAUCGAAAAUGUUGAUUCAUAUUUUUGCAUUAUGUAUAUCGCGGAAUUGCACAUUAAAAUUAGUCGAUGUAUAUUGUCAGUGUGAAGACCACUCGAGCGGGUGCCAUAUUUGGCGCGAAUCUCUCGAGUUGUGUUCACAAGUAAAUGUUUGUACUUAAUGAAGACCAUUUAUGUAAUCGUUAGAUGUUAAGAUAUCUGUAAUGAGUGUCUUGAUUAUACAGGCGGACUGUAGCUAAAGUACUUGUUAAAUAACUCUAUUCAUUAGCAUUCCCAUACAAAUACCCACAUAUCUAUUGUAGUUAGUUAACUUUUACAUGAGCAUUCAAAUGGAGAGUCUAGGAUUAAUAUUUGCAUAUUGAAUUGAUUUUCACUAUCUACGUAGAGUUGGGAUACAUGUUCGUCAGAGCGAAGACUUACUUGGACAAUAUACGGAGUAUUAUUUUCAAAAUUGUCAAUUGAACGUUAAAAUGUUUAGCUACAGUAGUUAGUCUGACCAUGAGCUUAACAUUUUAUACCGAUUUAGAUAAGGGUCUAUUGAUUUGUUCUAUUAUCAGAUGUUUAAAAUUGUGCAACGAAUUCUUUGGGCUGCAUUCCUGUUGACACCUGGGGAAUAUUUUCAUCGAGUUAUCAAAUUAUUUGAACGACCCUGUAACUCACAUUGGUGUGUGUAUACUUGUAGUAAAGAUAUAUUGGACUAGAACUUUCUUGUAUGUUCGUGUCGUGCUACGUUUGUCUAGUCAUGACUGCAGGAGUGCGCCCACUACCUAUGGAGCGACGUUAGGAUAGGACGUGAUUAUUUAAUUGUUGUAAUAAUUAUAUUAUGACUGUAGCGAGGGACUCUGACGUUUGUAUGAACCUUGGGAUGAUUAUGUGUCUGAGAAUAAAGCUAGUCAUGUGUUUA